AGGCGCAGGCCCGGGCUGACAGCCGAGACGGCGGCGCGCCGGCUCGCGGCAGCUCUGGGACCCAACAUGCGCGGCACCCGGGGAGGUGUCUGGCUGGCGCUGAUCGCGUCGCUCCUGCAAGUGUCCCUGCAAGGCGAGUUCCAGAGGAAGCUCUAUAAGGAGCUGGUCAAGAACUACAACCCGUUGGAGAGGCCCGUAGCCAACGACUCCCAGCCGCUCACAGUCUACUUCUCUCUAAGCCUUCUGCAGAUCAUGGACGUGGAUGAGAAGAACCAAGUUUUAACCACCAAUAUUUGGCUGCAAAUGUCUUGGACAGAUCACUAUUUACAAUGGAAUAUGUCAGAAUAUCCAGGCGUGAAGACUGUUCGUUUUCCAGAUGGCCAGAUUUGGAAACCAGACAUUCUUCUYUAUAACAGUGCUGAUGAGAGGUUUGAUGCCACAUUCCACACCAACGUCUUGGUGAAUUCUUCUGGACAUUGCCAGUAUCUUCCUCCAGGCAUAUUCAAGAGUUCCUGCUAUAUUGAUGUGCGCUGGUUCCCCUUUGACGUGCAGCAUUGCAAACUGAAGUUUGGAUCCUGGUCUUAUGGAGGGUGGUCCUUGGACCUGCAGAUGCAGGAGGCAGAUAUCAGUGGCUAUAUCCCCAACGGAGAAUGGGAUCUCGUGGGAAUUCCAGGCAAAAGGAGUGAGAAGUUUUAUGAGUGCUGCAAAGAGCCAUACCCGGAUGUCACCUACACAGUAACCAUGCGCCGMAGGACACUCUACUAUGGCCUUAAUCUGCUCAUCCCCUGUGUGCUCAUCUCAGCUCUGGCCCUGCUAGUGUUCUUGCUCCCUGCAGACUCUGGGGAGAAAAUCUCCCUUGGGAUCACAGUUUUACUGUCUCUAACUGUCUUCAUGCUGCUUGUAGCAGAGAUUAUGCCUGCAACAUCUGAUUCAGUGCCAUUGAUAGCCCAGUACUUUGCCAGCACCAUGAUCAUUGUGGGCCUCUCUGUUGUGGUGACAGUGAUUGUGCUGCAAUAUCACCACCAUGACCCUGAUGGGGGCAAGAUGCCUAAGUGGACCAGAGUCAUUCUUCUUAACUGGUGUGCAUGGUUCCUGCGCAUGAAGAGGCCCGGGGAAGACAAGGUCCGCCCAGCUUGCCAGCACAAGCAGCGACGCUGCAGCCUGGCCAGUGUGGAGUUGAGUGCGAGUGCAGGGCCUCCUACCAGCAACGGGAACCUUCUGUACAUCGGCUUCCGAGGCCUGGAGGGCAUGCACUGCGCCCCGACCCCUGACUCUGGGGUUGUGUGUGGCCGCAUGGCUUGUUCCCCUACACACGAUGAGCACCUUCUGCAUGGUGGACAGCCCUCAGAGGGGGACCCAGACCUGGCCAAGAUCCUGGAGGAGGUCCGCUACAUUGCCAACCGCUUCCGCUGCCAGGAUGAGAGUGAGGCUGUCUGUAGUGAGUGGAAGUUUGCAGCCUGCGUGGUGGACCGCCUGUGCCUCAUGGCCUUCUCAGUCUUCACCAUCAUCUGUACCAUUGGCAUCCUCAUGUCAGCUCCAAACUUCGUGGAGGCUGUGUCCAAAGACUUUGCAUAACACCACCCAGUUCUAUACACGUAGGAAAUGCACAGAUAGGCAAAGUGGUUGUUGGUGAGAAUUCUGUGUGGUAAACUCACAGCAGCAUUAAAUGUAACAACUCUGAUGUAUCCUUUGUGGCUGUCAAUCCUGAUGGUUACAGUUUCCUUGUUACCUUCAGUAAUAGGAUCUUAGUAUUUUUCUGUUUGAUAUCCUAUGCAUACCAUUGGCACAUCAUUAUGUUCAGCAGGGCCACUGUACAGUCAUUUUGCCCAUUUGUUCUCUUUCUGGAGAGCCAUUUAGAGAGAUCUCUGUGGCUCC